ACUACCUCAACACUAUAUCUUUGCUACACUGAAUAGAUACAUGUCGCAUACAUAUGUCUCUGUUAUAGAGUUACGGGAGCUAGCGCUCACCGCGCUCGCCGUUUUGGUUGGAAAAGCGUCGGACUAAGGUGGUAUCUUCGUCUCGACCAAGCACGAACGACCGAUGUACACCAAAGACAUCUUUACCCAAUCCCUCAGGAUGCAACGUCACAGCCAUGGUAACAAGGCAGCAGAUACGGCUGGGUGGGGUAAUGGGUUCUAUAUGAUCGAUGCAGCAUCAGGCGGAAAGCAUGCUGAUAUCUAGCAAUUCCCAGAUUACUACACUAUUUUGACUCCUACCACUCUGCUGAUUUGGGUCUCUGACAGGUUUGGUUGAUCAAAUGGCCGUGGGUAGAAUCCAAGGUUCACUAGCCUCUGCAUACUGCGACGUUACUGUAGCAGCGGCGAACGCCAACUUCGACUUCACGUUGAUAAAAUUGGAAGCAGCCAAAGAGUUUGACCCAUUGGCAUCCGCAUUGACGGCGAUACGCAAGCAUAAUGCAGAAAACGGCGCGAUUCACAUUCUGGCAAGACAGCUUGGAGCGCUAUUCCAGGGCAGUUGCCCUGCAGCCCCUGGACUUCUGGAAGCGUACGGCAAACGCGUGUCGGAAAUCGCCCAAGGUUCGAAAAGUAUCGCGGAGCCGUACAUUAACACAUUCUUUGGCGAAUACGUGGGUGUUGAUGGGACUGCCAUUUGGGCAGCGGCUACUUCGGCUGAUUCGUCAAACUCUGCCAUACAUGUGCACCUUCUGGCCUGUAUGCUUGCUCGUAUGUGGAAGCCAGAGGAAGCCGUUUCAAUAUGGGCAGAGUUGGUGGACGGGCGCAAGAGAGAAAUAGCACAAGAGCUUGAAAGGGGAGCGCCAGUCAAUGGCUCGCUGGUAAUGGCUGCAGCACAGCCCAUUUCCCACUACGAGCUCACCGCAUGGGAUAACAGCGUACGGGCGUGGCUUUGCACCGCCAACGAUUUCUGUCAUCGCAAACAGAAACAGCUCGAGCUGAUAGUCGAUAACCUCGGCCUUCCCGUGAGCAGAGACCCCAAAGUGUAUCCAGGCGUCAUCGACACUUGGAAAACAGCUGUUGAGACGAUGGACAAGCUCAUUGCAGGCGUGCCGCAAGCUGUUCAGAACGGGGCUACGCACGUGGCCUUUGCUGCAUGGCAUCUCUAUCCCAACAUGCUCGUCUAUAGUCCUGAGGCUGCCGAAGUCAAAAUGAACGACCCGCUAGUGAGAGAAGGAGGUGUCAUGUCACUAGGCUUGUCAGCCAACCCUCGCACUUCACUCGAAAACAACGGGGUAUAUUGGUCUCUAUCUCUAGCGCAGCUCCGAUAUUAUGGACCACCAGUUCCUACGGAGCGAGUCUUGGGAGCCGAGUCUAGGAUUACCUUGCCACAGCUCAGCCUUGUUAUAUUUUCUGCUGUGCUUACAGAGUGGGGACUAAGCGGAGCAGAAUACAACUUGGUUGCGGAAGUCAUCAUCUCCUUGGUAGACUACCUGGAUGGUGUUCGGCAGGAUUCCAAGAGUGACAGAAGGUUUCUAAAGUUGCUUAGAGACGGCGCCUCCGCUUACGCACAACGGGCGAUCAGUGAUCAUAAUUUACAUCAUAAAUUGAUACAGUUGGGUCGAAGGAGGUCUGAAAACCUGAUCCGCGCGGACACGAAGGCGAGCAAAAAUCAGCAGAGCGCCUUCUUUUUCAACCUUCUCGAACCGGCGAGCUUUAUGCACGCAUUCAAGGAUGUGGAGUCUCAGGUCAUGUUCUUCCGACACGUAGCAGCUCGGGUAUCUCCGCCUGAAACUCCCGCCGACACUUUCCUUAUUCGAUAUGUGCAGGUACCGGUAAGAUCAGAUGGCAAGCGUGCGCGUAAGGCGAACGGUGGAGGCAGUUACCAGACCAAUGUUGGCUUGAACAACGGGCACCUUAACGGAUCUAUUGAUGUAGAUAUGGAUGGCCUUAGGCUCGACCAAUGUGGCGAAAGCCGCCACUUCCCGGAAUCCUCACAAUCCCAUCACGGCGGUUCCUCAAGAAGCAAGGCCCCGUUCAUUUAUUCGGUCGCAACGGCUCUUCCUCACAGCGAUGACGGAACGCCUGGUGUCGCAACCCACCAUCGGUGGUUCCCUGAGAAUCUCCACAACGCCGUGCUCCCAGCAGGAGAGAUUGGUACCAUGGACGCCGGAGAGCGGUUUAGAUGUUGGGACAGUCAGAUGCAGGUCAUCACAGCGGAUGAUCCCGAUGCCAACACGUAUCAUGUCGUCUUAGGCGAUCCAACCACGGCAGCACUAUAUACAAAAGAAAGGUUGCGCUCCGUGUGUCUUAUAAGCAGAUUUAUCGAACUUCAAGACUUCCUCUGGUGCUUGCAGCACAACCUCCUGGAUCCAGCUGUUCUCUUUGGCGUAAUGCGGUAUCAUCCUCGUGCGAAAGUAGACAGACUUCGAAAGACCAUGCAAGCCCUUGCAACCGCUGCUAUAGUGUACGAUGAUCUCCCAGGCGUAACCAUCGAUGUAGGUAUUCUCAACAGAACCGUACUUGAGAGGCCAUGGGUUCAAUUCUCGGACGACGGCUUGGACAACUUGAGUAUGAAGUUCUCGUUGAUUUCGUACUUUGAGUCCGGCGUCUACGAUGUACCCCCCAGCGAAUUACAAGAUGUCAUUGCUCUUUCUUCCACCAACUCACUGUUUGUUGCUGGUCCAUUGAUUCGCGAUCCAUAUGAGUCGCUAGCGGAGAAAACAACCGUCCGAAGAAUUCUCGGAAACAUUGGUAAACCAGGCAUCACCUUCCUGCUACCUCCAAAGGAACCAAUGAUACGAGAAAUCAACGCUAAUAGCUGGAGAGUGGAUUCUUACCGCCCGUUCGACGGCACGACUUCAUGCUCUUUCCAAAACACCUCGGUUCAUCUCUCUUUCACGGAAUUUAACAUCCCCCUAUAUGACGGCUCACGCAGCGCACGCGAUAACCAAGUCUUUUUACAGGAAUCUGUCAUCUCGGUGCGAGACAAAGGCGAAUGGGUUGCCGACGUAGACCCUCUGCCUCUCCUCCAAUACGGGCCUGAUGCACGGCUUCGCGCGCUACCCACCCAAGUUCCAUGUCAGCAUUCCAAAGUGGCCAAUCCAAACCAAGAAAUCAUCGCCGUCGACAGCUGGAAUGAGCUCCUUGACAGACCAGAGGGCUUGUUCGUCGUUCGGACUGGCAGCAAUUGGAUUGCAAGGCUUGCUUCGACUCUCGUGGCUUAUCAGCGGAUGCGGGAGACUUCCACUACAUUCGCUAUUACAGUUUGUCCCCCUGAGGUUUGCUGGAUUUGCACAAAACAAGCUGUUCGGAAUCAUGCGUUUAUCUUCUGAAACUGGCCGGAGUAGAGACACGCGUUCGUAGCCUUGACAUUGCCGGGAUGGCAAAAUAUGGCGGACGUGAGACUGAGGCAGAAAAAAAAAUAGACAUUCCAUAGUACACUCGAAUUUACAGAUCUUCUCCUUUGCUG